GCCUGGCAACGGGACUCAAACUUUGUUCACAGUUAACUGCAUGAUCUAACGGCUGGCAUAAUAGAGGAAUAAGGUCACUUUAAAGGAUGAGUGCUGGACGGGCGUCCGAAGGUGCGGGCUGCAUCAGUUGGUGGGGAUUCAGUCCUGCGCGCGACCUGCUCCGAACCGGCCCUGUGAGACAUGAGGGUAAAGCCAAUGUUUUACUGGUUGGCAGUGGAGAUCCACGACAUAUUUUGAAGACCAUUGCUGGUUUGCAGGGAACUGAAAGCUUUCAUGUGUGGGUGCUAGAAAACAGCAUGGAAGUGGUUGCUAGACAGCUGCUGCUCCUCUACCUAGCACUGAUGCCUCCAGAGAGCAUGGGGAAUAAUGAGAAGACAGAGGUUUUCCUCGACAUGUUUGGAAACAGUGAGAUCCGCAGUCAGACAGAAGAGACUUUAAAGUGUGCUGCUUCACAGCUUACUCUUUGUGCUACUGAGACUUUGGAGAAAGAAGCGCACCCAUGUCUGAACAUAACUCUUCUCAAGUUCAAGGAGAGAGAUGAGCUGGACAGAAUAUUCAAGUCAUGGAUCCAGCCUCAGUCUUCUGCUCCCAUCAUAAUGUCCAGAGCCUGGGAUUAUCGAGUCAGGCAGCACCUUGGGUCCCGUUAUGACUCCAAAAAAGGCUGCUUUGAUUGGGAUCUGACAAUGAAACUGCAUGAGAAAAAGUGUGGUGUCAUCAACAAACAACAAUACGUACGAUGGAGGGAACGAGGUUUGGCGUUUGAAAUGAGGGAAGGUGUCUACCAAAUAACCAAUCCGAGUUUGCUUUCCUCAAGAGUGUUCAGUCAGAAAGGGGAAAGAGUGGCUGUCAGGGGCUACUGGGGAGACGUUGUGUCCAGUCCUUACCUCUCCUUUGGCAUUGAAACUGAUGACCAAGACCUGCUGAAAACACAAAAUGGGCAACACACAAAAACAGCCCAGGAUAUCUCCUUUGCAAACAUUACUGCAAUGUUCCAGUCGCUGUCCAGCAGACGGGGCUGCCCCACUUCUUCUCAGUCAGACAGCGAGGCAGAGGAGCCAUCCACUCAGACAGACCGAAAAUCUGUCACUAUUAAUGACUUGAUGCAUCUAAAAGGGAUCUCUGUGACGUUCCUGCCUUUGGACUCACUUCAGAAACUGCACCAAAAACAAAAAUAUUCACAUUUUUUCAAUGUCAUUUACUUCUCUGCAAGCUGCGUGCACCAAUUGGGCCCAUCGGUGAGACAGAUUGCAGCACCAGACGCUGUGCUUGUCGUGGAGUUGGCCAAGUACAUUCUGGAUCUAAACAAAGAGCAAGAAGUCGGCUUUGCAGAGACAGUGACCAGCAUCGCCUUGGAGGCUGAAUUUGAGCCUUGGCAGGAGAGGAAGAGUGAUGACAUUCAUGCAGUUUUCACACCACAGAAGAAAUAAAGAUGCCUGAUUUUAAUUCAGUGUAAUUUUAGCAGGGAUUUUUUCAUGUUUGAAUUCUUAAAACAUAUUGUAUUGCCAAAUAAAAUUACAUACAGUUGAUAAGAACGAGUGUAGUACAAACCUUUUAUUGACUGAAAUUGCCACACAAAAUCAUUUUUAUUUGUUGAAACUUGAGGGAUUA